AUUUAUUAUCCAAUUUAUCCCAGCCAGGAUCUCGGGAUGCGAACAGGUUCAACCUCCAACCCUCGAUCCUUCACAUCCUUCUCCACUUCCAACGUGUUCAAGACUGAGUCUAGCAUCCGAUCGACAUUCACGCAGACGCACUGCUUCCCACGCUCGCUCUACUACUCUGAACCUGAUCGGCUGUCCUUCCCACAAUCAUGGCCGGAGUCGACUACUCCCAAUACCAGGGAAAACCAUUCCAGGUCAUCUCCAAGCUCGGAGUGAGAUAUACUGGAAUCUUUGACCAUAUCUCCCAAGAGAAGCAGACUAUCUGUCUGGCGAAAGUCUUCAACCACGGUACUGAGGACCGCCCAGUCGCGAAGAAGUUCCCACCGAAUCCUAAAAGUCUGGGAUGGGUACAAUUUCAUACCGCCUCGAUCGAAGCGCUCGCCUUGGUGGAAGACUACGUCCCGCCGUAUGCUGUUCCCGAUGACCCUGUCGACCCGAUCCUGGCGUCCGUAAGUGCGACCGCUCCAUCAUCAUCUGCGCCGCCGCCACCGCCACCGACAUCGCAAUCAUCAUCUCAACCUGCACCUUCUGCCGCUCCCUCUCAGCCUUCAUCUCAACGUCACAACCUUCCCGCUAAACCACCUGCAUCUUCCGCCUCUACCGCUCUAGACCGUGUCCAACAUUCUCUCUCUGAACUCUCUACAUCUGACAAUACACGUCGCCGACCUUCGCAACCACCAGCUCGACCUAUCGAGGUUCCAGACGCCGACUUUGACUUUUCAAAAGGAACUGAAAAGUUUGAAGCUGAGAGAGAGGCUCGUAAAGGGCAAGAUGCGGAAGGAGGAGAUGGGGAAGGUGGGGAAGAGGCGGAGAGCAAAGCUCCCGACGAGCAAGCUAUCGAGCAGUCAAAUGGACAUGGGGCUACUGCGGGUCAACUGAAGGAUGGGGACGCAAAGAAGUCUUCAGUCUACAACAAAUCUUCGUUCUUUGAUGGCUUAUCAGCAAGCACAUCGCGAGUGGGAAGAAAUGAGGAACGAGGGAGGAAUCUGGAUACCUUUGGUGAGGCUGGAGAUGGAGGAUUUGGAAGUGGGAUGAGUGGGAGAGGCCGAGGGGGGUUUCGAGGUGGUAAUCGAGGAACCCCAGGACCGAGAGGAAGAGGGGGGUAUCAAGGCGGCGGUGGCGGUGGACAAUACGGUGGAUAUGGGAGCGGAGGUCAAUAUGGCGGGUAUGGAGGUGGACGAGGCGGAAGCAACGGAGGUGAUUGGCGAGGUGGGGGCAGAGGCAGAGGCAGAGGAGGAUUCUCCCAGGGCGCCCCGGGUGGUGGUCUGCCGCAAUAGGGUGGAGAAAUGGGCAAGAAUCAGAAGAAAACUCGCAAUACGAAUGUUCAUAUAUCAUGACCCCAUACGAUGAAAUGAUCUGAUCAGAU